AUUGUUCUGUAUUCACAUUGUUAACAAUGAACAAUACAACCGUCAUAUUUGGUUACUCUUAGUUAGUUAGAGCAAAUAAAAUGGCAGAAAUGGAAGUGAGUAGCGACGCUGAGGGGCCAAUAAAUGCACAAGCUUGUUUUAUCAUUCGUUCACGUCUUUUCAACGAAGAUAAGUUACCGACGAAGAUAGAUGUUUUAUCACGUAUAAGCCAGGCGUAUGAUGACUUGUUAGCAGACGAAAAUAAAAGUGAGGCAUUGGAAUUUUUUGUAGUUAAUACUGUUAAGGAGGUUUGCACAAUCUGGAAAAAAACGUCGAUUCCAAUAAUAUCAGAGAAUGGUAUCACCUUGAAAAUGAAAAGACUUCUCACUGAUUAUCGAAAGUAUAAGAAAUACAAAACCCGUGACGAUUCCAAAAGAUUCAUCGUCGAAUGUGCUCAAAUAUUUGAUAUCGCUAAAUGCAAAUGUAAAUCGGGCAGCUGCAGCUGCAGUUUGGUUGACAAAAUACCCCAAAGAUUUAAAGCAUUUAUUUCGGACCAACGUGGUGCGCGGAGAUUACGAAUUUCUGAGCUUGAUCAAACUGCAGGAGAAUCAUUAUCUGAUCUAUUUCUUGGGCCUGUUACCGAAAUGGCGACAAGCACACAAGAAGAACCAUCCGGCAGCGAUUACAUUCCAGCAAUCUCGAGUCUGGAAGACUUUUCCAAUGAACAACCAAAAUAUAACCCGCAUCGACCAAUGCCAAAUUUAGCGACAGAGUGUGAUCGGUAUGGUGUACCGAGCAGACUAGCAGCUGCUUUGGUAUCGGCUGCAUUCAAAGACUAUGAAGUGACAAACACUGGAAAUCCCUUGGGAAAUCCAAUUGUUAUUGACAAGAACAAAAUCGAAAGAGAACGUGAGGCAAACAGAAAAGACAUGCUGGAAAAGCCGAAAUCAACCGGAAGUAUUAUCGCUUUUUCAUUUGAUGGCCGUACUGAUCAGACCAGAGUUCAAACCCAUACCAGUGAUGGGAAAAUACAUCCACGAAUGGUGACAGAAAAGCACGUGACAAUAUUAAAACAGUCAGGUUCACAAUUUUUAGGAUAUGUGGUAGAUAAACGGGACGAAGAAAAUCAUAAGAAGCCAGCUCAGCAAACAGCAAAAUUACUAUUCGACUUUUUUGGAGUGAGAGGUCUGGAUUUGACGGACUUGUUGCUUGUGGUUCUGACGGAGAAGUUAAAAAUACUGGUAGACACGAAGGUAUUUUGCGAAACUUGGAAAAACUGUUUAACCGACCGUUACACUGGCUCAUUUGCUUGUUGCACUUCAACGAGCUAUGCUUGCAUCAUGUAUCGGAGAAAAUUGACAAAUCACGAACGACUGGACCUAGAACGGCAACUGGGACGAUAA